ACAUUCACGUUGCGAAACCAGUUUGGGUACUGUGAGAAACGUGAUAAGUUAUUCCAUUAUAUUUGUCCGGGAAGUAAGUGCUGGAUCGUUUACGUUUUUGCGUUCUUGACUUGUAUAAUAAAUAUGUAACAUUGUUUGAAGUUCACGUGACGUAUGCUGAUUGAUAUGGAAGUAUGAUUAGUGUUUAGUUGGCAUCUUAUGGGAAUAUAGCCUUUCAUCAUGGUUAGUUUAACACGUUUACCAAGAGUACUUCUCCGUCGUAAGUUUCUUUGCAGACAUGUUGCCACUCAUAAGGUUAAACCAGCUCUUUCAAUUUCAAAUGAAGUACAAAAUACGUUUAAGUUUGCAGAUCUAUCUGUGCAGCUUGCCUCCCCUGAUCAAUUGCAGCCAAAACCAGAAGUUGCAGAUCUCCAAUUCGGGAAGUAUUUCACAGAUCACAUGCUUAAAAUCCUUUACCACGAAUCUCUGGGAGGUUGGCAGAGACCUGAAAUUAUUCCAUUUGAAAAUAUAGUACUUCACCCAGCAGCUAAAGUUCUGCAUUACGCAACUGAGCUGUUUGAAGGCAUGAAAGCAUAUCGUGGUGUGGAUGGAAAGAUACGUAUUUUCCGCCCAGAGAUGAACAUGGAACGUAUGAAUCAGACAGCUCUGCGAGCGGGUCUUCCUACAUUUGAUGGGGCAAACCUCAUAAAGUGCCUUUGUCGGCUCAUCAGCAUAGACCAGGAAUGGGUGCCUCAUUCCGAGUCAUCCAGCCUUUAUAUCCGCCCGACACUUAUUGGUAUUGACCCAACGUUGGGUGUCGCAGCGUGCGCGUCAGCGAUGCUGUACACUAUCCUUUGUCCAGUCGGCGCCUAUUUCUCGGGUGCAGGCGAAUCCGCAGUGUCGUUGCUGGCAGAUCCUCAGUUCACACGCGCUUGGCCCGGCGGUUGCGGUGAUAAGAAGAUGGGUUCGAACUAUGCUCCUACCAUUCAUGUGCAGCGAGAAGCUCUCGGACAGGGCCUUCAGCAAGUUCUGUGGUUGUACGGUGAAGAUCACCUAAUCACCGAGGUCGGCACCAUGAAUAUUUUCAUGUUCUGUAUCAACGAGAGCGGAGAGAAGGAACUCGUCACACCACCACUGGAUGGUUUGAUCCUCCCAGGUAUCACGAGGGCGUCAAUCCUCCAGUUGUCACGUGAAUGGAAUGAAUUCCGCGUGUCAGAACGCAGCAUCCCGAUGGCCGAACUUGUUAGUCUCCUUAGCGAGAACAGGUUGCUGGAAUUGUUUGGCGCUGGAACGGCGUGCGUGGUAAGUCCAAUCGCGUCAAUCUCAUACAAAGGUGAGAAGCUUCUAAUCCCUACAGUAGAACAAAAAUACCCCAUCUACGCGAAAUUCAGGCGGACACUGACGGACAUUCAAUAUGGUCAUGUAUCGCACCCGUGGGCUGUGACGGUUGAUGUUUAGAACACUGUACAAAGCCCUGAAUUUAAUUUAUUCAUCACAUAUCACUUUACAUUUCUGAUUUAUAGAUCUUUUGAACUUUCAUUAAUGUGCCAAAAGACGUACUCCACUUAAAGAGCAUGCAGGCCACUUGCAGGAAUCCACCGUAUAGACAGUUCUUGAAUUUUAAUUUUUGUUUGUCGUUUAGAGUGCUGAAGUUUAGGUAUUUUGCUCGUGUACUGAUUUAUUUAUCAGUACCAGUAGAAUUCUUUUAAUAACUACGGACGCAAGUAACAUUAGAUAUUGUAGAUUUAUACGUGUUUUAGAGCAGUGGUCCCCAACCUUUUUGUGCCUACGGGCACAUUUGUGAGUUUGUGAGAUCGUGGCGGGAACCAACCAAUUAAC